AUCCAAAUUUUGAUAAGACCCAUGUUCCUCGUAAUACAUAUGCAGGUACAGAUUGUUGAUCGCACACGAUAUAAGCACCGAAUGCUGUCACCCCGUGUAUAGCGGGGGAAGUGGGUCCUCCCGAUGCGGCUUGGCGUCUCAAACAAACAACGUCAUCCAUUUUCUCACUCGGCGCGCCACAAUCCCGCACCUGGCCAGGCAUAGCAAUCUACCAGAUUCGUACUCAACCCGCGAAUAUGGAAGCUUUGUCUGGAGAAUUGGAGAAGCUGCGGCUGCACAGCAGUAGCCUCGGCGAAGAUGGGAUAGACUCCAUAGCUGGCGAACAACGGCCACCGAAGCGACAACGCAAAACCAAAGAUGUCAUCAAAAAGGAACUAGAGCAAGAAUUCCUGACACCCUCCAAGUCUUUCGACACGCAGUGGUUGAACCAGCUUCAGCAGCGCUGGGAUGCACCCACCAAUUACCGCAGCCUGUUCCAGAUCGCCCCAACCCAGACCCGAACCAUCAUCCGCUUCACGCGCGAGGGGCUAGAGGGCCGUGUCACGGGAUACAAAGAAGUCACAGUUCCAGCAAACUCGGCAACAGCCAAGAACUCGACGUCUCUUCUCAGGAAGCCUGCCAACAGAGCUGAAUUCGUGCGUGGAGCAGCAGGCUUCUUUCCUUUCGCACCUGGCGGUCUUGAUGGAGUGGAAGCGGUAGCUGCAAUCGAAGAUGAGGCAAUUCAACAGCAAGAGGAUGCGAAUGGGAAACGGGUUGGUGGCCUUGACAGAGUCAUCAACUUCAGUGCUGAAGGGGGCCUGUUGGAGGUACCGCCUGGGUUUACUCGUGGGCUCGACUUCCAGAAAAAGCCCACCACAGAUGCCAAGGCUGCGCAAGAGGUCGAAGACACCUUAGCAGAGGCGGGUGCAGCCCCCAGAGAUAUGGAUGCCGAUGACGAAGAGACCACCGAGAAGGCCGGCGCGAACGGCCAAGAACCUGACGAAGACCAGCCUGGAGACGACGAGAUUGACGCCUUGCUACCAGUAGAGUUCCCUGCGUUGGCUCCUCACGGCCCGCUUGCCAUGAGUUCUGGAAGGAAAGGCGGAAGAGAGUGGGCUCAUAUGGUUGACAUCGAUCGCGACAUCACCAACUUCAAGGAACUCGUGCCGGAUAUGGCGCGCGAGUGGCCCUUCGAGCUCGAUACUUUCCAGAAAGAAGCGGUCUACCAUCUUGAGAAUGGCGAUUCAGUGUUCGUAGCCGCACAUACGUCCGCUGGCAAGACAGUGGUCGCAGAGUACGCGAUCGCACUCGCUGCCAAGCACAUGACCAAAGCUAUUUACACAUCUCCUAUCAAAGCUUUGAGUAACCAGAAGUUCCGCGAUUUCCGCCAAACAUUCGACGAUGUCGGCAUUCUUACUGGAGAUGUGCAGAUCAGACCCGAAGCUAGCUGUCUCAUCAUGACCACCGAGAUCCUCCGGAGUAUGUUGUAUCGGGGAGCGGAUCUUAUCCGAGAUGUAGAGUUUGUCAUAUUUGACGAAGUACACUACGUCAAUGAUCUGGAGCGUGGCGUUGUCUGGGAGGAGGUCAUCAUCAUGUUGCCAGAGCAUGUGACUCUCAUCCUACUAUCCGCAACUGUCCCCAACACGUAUGAGUUCGCGUCAUGGGUUGGUCGCACAAAGAAGAAGGACAUCUACGUCAUCUCCACCCCAAAGCGUCCCAUUCCUCUCGAACAUUAUCUUUGGGCUGGAAAAGACAUCCACAAGAUCGUUACAGCAGACAAGAAAUUCAUCGACAACGGCUGGAAAGCUGCAAACGAUGUCUUGUCCGGGAAAGACAAGAUCAAAGAAGCUCCUGCGAAUGCAGCCCAAGCUGGUAGAGGCAGUGGUGGUCGCGGAGGACCGCCCGCCCGGGGAGGCCAGAAUCAACGUGGAAGAGGUCAACAAGGUGGCGGGCGUGGUGCGCCUCGAGGCGGAGGACCACCGGCUGCAAGGGGUCGUGGCAACAUCGCCAGAACCGGUCGUGGUGGAGGUCGAACAACAGCCGCGCAAGAUCGGAAUAUCUGGGUCCACCUCAUACAGCAUCUUCGAAACAAAGACCUGUUGCCGGCUUGUAUAUUCGUCUUUUCCAAGAAGCGCUGCGAGGAGAAUGCCGAGGCGCUUUCAAACAUCGACUAUUGCAACGCUGCUGAGAAGAGCGCGAUACACAUGACCAUCGAGAAGUCGCUGGCUAGACUGAGCAAGGAAGACCGUGACCUUCCUCAGAUCAAGCGCCUAAGAGAGUUGCUCAGCCGAGGCAUUGCUGUCCAUCACGGUGGAAUGUUACCCAUCGUCAAAGAGGUUGUAGAGAUUCUGUUUGCAAAGACACUUGUCAAGGUUCUCUUUGCCACGGAGACUUUCGCGAUGGGUCUCAAUUUACCCACUAGAACCGUAGUGUUCUCUGGUUUCCGCAAACACGACGGACGAGAGUUCCGCGACUUGCUCCCUGGCGAAUACACUCAGAUGGCUGGUCGCGCAGGACGAAGAGGACUCGACACAGUCGGCACUGUAAUCAUAUGUGCGCCCGGAGCCGACGAGGCACCACCGGCAGCCAGACUCCGUCAGAUGAUGUUGGGUGAGCCUACUAAGCUCAGAUCACAGUUUCGUCUGACGUAUAACAUGAUGCUCAACCUUUUGCGUGUAGAGGCUUUGAAGAUCGAAGAGAUGAUCAAGCGAAGUUUCAGCGAGAAUGCCACCCAAGCGCUGCUACCUGAACAUCAAGGCAAGGUCAAAGUCUCGGAGGCUGAGCUGGAGAAGAUCAAGCGCGAGCCUUGUGAUACCUGCGACAUCGACCUAGAGGCCUGCCAUCAGUCUUGUGAAGACUACAAGAGACUCACUAACGAGAUGCACCUGAGUCUACUCAUUAACCCUAUUGGACGACGGGCUUUGGCGAAGAAUAGAUUGAUUGUCUAUAAGAGGGACAAUAAACGCACCGCGGGUAUGCUAAUGCAAGAUGGUACUAGCAAAGGCAACGAGCCCACGGUCAAAGUCUUAGAGGUGGCGCAGCACCAAGAUCGCAAGCCUGACGACCUCUUGCCAUAUGUCGGUCCUUUUGCAAAGUGGUUCCGCAAGUUACCGAACAACCCCAAGGAUCUGAUCCUAAAGGCAGCCUACGUGCCCCUGAACGAUAUCGAAUGCUUUACCAAGACCAUCAUCGAUGUGCCCGAAUCCAUUCAGAACCUGGGUCGGAAGGUAUCCAAGGAUACCUUGAAGUUGGCCCAAGAUCAGUUCCUGCCCUUGUGUGGAUCUUGGGACUAUGAAGACUGGGAUGAAUACGACUACAGCAAGAUCAAGAGCCUCAAGUUCCGCGAACUGGCGGAAGCCCGCAUGAAGGAGGGUCAGAAUGCGGUUAGCAAAGAAUGCCUGAAGUGUCCAAACUUCUUGAAACACUUUGCUCAAGAGCAUGAUCAGUGGCUUAUCAAAGAGAACAUCCUUGCCCUCCGCCAGCUCAUGUCAGAUCAGAAUUUACAGCUACUCCCUGACUAUGAACAGCGCAUACACGUACUCAAGGAUCUCGGCUUUAUUGAUGAAGGUUCUCGCGUGGAGCUGAAGGGCAAGGUAGCUUGCGAGAUCCACUCGGCCGACGAGCUGGUCCUUACCGAACUCGUUUUGGAGAACGUCCUCGCCGAGUACGAACCGGAAGAAAUUGUCGCACUACUCUCGGCCUUUGUCUUCCAAGAGAAGACCGACGUAGAGCCUACGCUAACAGCAAAUCUGGAACGCGGUGUCGCCAAGAUCGUUGAGAUCUCUGAGAAGGUCAACAAGAUCCAAACUCUGCAUCAGGUCAUCCUCUCCGCAGAUGACUCGAACGACUUUGUCAGCAAACCCCGCUUCGGCAUGGUCGAAGUCGUGUAUGAGUGGGCGAGGGGUAUGUCAUUCAAUCGCAUAACGGACCUGACAGAUGUCAUGGAAGGCACUAUUGUCCGCGUCAUCACCCGGCUAGACGAGACGUGCCGGGAGGUCAAGAACGCGGCUCGGAUUAUCGGCGACCCGACUUUGUUCCAAAAAAUGGGGACGUGUCAGGAACUCAUCAAACGGGACAUUUGCAACUGUGCAAGCUUGUACCUGUAAAUGGGGCACAAGUAUUGUUCCAGAACCGCGACACAGGCGUAUC